GCGCAGUGACGCUGUGUCCUGGUAUCGGGAGGCUUAAAGAGACAACAGCGAAAUCAUAGCAACUUGGGGACAAGAGAAACGGAAUGAGAAAGAUACCCACGAACAUAAAACCAUGUCUUGGACUGCGUUUCGAUAGCUAACGUUUACAGAUAUCCAGUACAUCAGUCCCAUCUGUUAGCUGUCGCUGUUUCCUCCAAACUCUGGGUUGCCUCGUCUGUUGUGGCCCUGCAACAUGGAGUCUGUCCACUGUGUCACUGAAGGCUGACCAGAAGGAAUGAGGCACUCCAGGAGAUGUUCCCAAGUGGCCUUGUGGAUGCAGUAGCUGGGUUUCGGAGUACUUUUUUAUGACUAGUAUUGUAUGUGUGUCUGUGGGCACAUCCUAGCACAACCUGCCUAUUCCUCAGGCAGGGACAUGCUACUCUGAGACUGAAGCUGGAGAAACACACAAGAAAGGAGCCCCUCUGGUAAACAAGGAACACGAAGAGAAAAGGGAAGCACUCAGCAAAAGAGCUGUCUGAUUGACACACGGGGCACUUCAGCUGUAGUUUCAAUUUAUUUAACUAUCUUGUGAACCAUUGCACAUUUUAGCAGCAACACCUUUCCUCUGUCCUGUGAGAUUUGUCUCCCUCCCCCUCCGUAAAGCAUCCUCUGUCGUUGUCAUUGGAAUUUCUAUGGUUUGCAUGGCUGGAGAAUAACCGUGGAGAGGCCAGGGUAUCACAAGCUUAUGGAUUUUGACAAGAGAGGGGGCAAGGGAGAGACAGAGGAAGGGAAAAAGAUGUCUAAGACAGCAGGCAGCAGGACUGGACAUGGGGGCAGGAGUUCUGGGACCAAUUCUGGAGUUCUUAUGGUUGGCCCAAACUUCCGUGUGGGUAAAAAAAUUGGCUGCGGGAACUUUGGAGAGCUGCGGCUGGGAAAAAAUCUCUAUACUAAUGAAUAUGUGGCCAUCAAACUGGAACCUAUAAAAUCCAGGGCACCACAGCUCCAUUUGGAGUAUAGAUUUUACAAACAGUUGGGAAAUUCAGAGGGAAUCCCUCAGGUGUACUACUUUGGUCCUUGCGGGAAAUACAAUGCCAUGGUGCUGGAGCUGCUCGGACCCAGUCUAGAGGACCUGUUUGACCUCUGUGACCGCACCUUCUCCCUCAAGACCGUCCUCAUGAUAGCCAUACAGCUGAUAACACGGAUGGAAUAUGUCCACACCAAGAGUCUGAUAUACAGAGAUGUGAAGCCAGAGAACUUCCUGGUUGGGCGGCCAGGAAGCAAGAGGCAGCACACCAUCCACAUCAUUGACUUUGGUCUGGCCAAAGAGUACAUAGACCCCGAGACCAAAAAACACAUCCCCUACAGGGAGCACAAGAGUCUGACUGGGACGGCACGCUACAUGAGCAUUAACACACACCUGGGAAAAGAGCAAAGCAGAAGGGAUGAUUUGGAGGCGCUGGGUCACAUGUUUAUGUACUUCCUCCGCGGUAGCCUCCCGUGGCAGGGCCUAAAGGCUGACACUUUGAAGGAGAGGUAUCAGAAAAUUGGGGACACCAAACGAGCGACACCAAUUGAAGUGCUUUGUGAAAGCUUCCCUGAAGAGAUGGCCACCUACCUGCGCUAUGUGAGGAGGUUGGACUUCUUUGAGAAGCCUGAUUACGACUACUUGAGGAAGCUCUUCACUGAUCUGUUCGAUAGGAAUGGCUAUGUCUUUGACUAUGAGUAUGACUGGGUCGGCAAAUCACUUCCCACACCGAUAGGCCCUAUCCCCAGUGACACACCCCUGCAGCCCAGCAGCAGAGACAAAGCACAACAGCAGACCAAAAACCAGUCGCCUGAGCCCAAAGGAAGUGAGUCUCAGCCCACUCCCGUGACCAAUAAGGAGACUCUGGGGUCGCACCUCACAGCUGAGCGGCUGGGGGGCUCUGUUCAGGUGAUGAGCUCAACGAAUGGCGAGCUUAACACUGAUGAUCCCACGGCCGGACACUCCAACGCUCCCAUCACUGCUCCCACUGAGGUUGAAGUGGCUGACGAAACCAAGUGCUGUUGUUUCUUCAAAAGGAGAAAGAGGAAAGCCCUCCAGAGGCACAAGUGAAAGAAGAGAACGGAGAGAACUUGAAACAUUGUGGUCACUGUCAAGUUUUAAAUGGAAGCAACUACACAGACCCCCUGCCCCUUAUCUCUUUCCAGCUUCCCCCUCACCUCUUUACCCCUCUCACCUUACUCCCCCUGUCACUCUGUACCUCCCACCCUCGCGCUCUCUCUUUCUCGUUCUCAGUGCUCCCUGGCUACUGGCGAGGUAAAGGAAUGUUGCAGUCCUACUGACUCCACAACAGACUCUGAUUCCUUUAUCUACGAAAAAUAAACAUACCUGCAUUACAACGGGGGGCUUGAGAAAAAGUAAAAAAAGCUGUAACAAUGAAACUCGAAUACCGUGGCGUGAAUAUGAAAAAAGAUACUGUUUGAAACAGUUGUUGUAUUCUAGAUUCCAUAAAGAACGUGUAUUGUUCCAACAGUCAGCUGUUGAUCAGGGGAACCACUCAAGUGGUUCGAGUGAAAGAAAUCUGCUCCUUAGGAAAUUGUUUUUUCUUUUUCUUUUUUUCUUUUUUUUUUUCUUCCUUUGGUGUGUGUUUUGGGAUCAAGGUAAAGAGGAAAAGGUGAACUAUGCUGAUGUUAAAUCUGAGAGACACAGGAAGCAUUUCAUCUAUAAAACAGAAUUUGGAGGAUUUUUAUGUAUUUUUCUUUUUCUUUUUUUUUUUUUUUUUUUUUUUUUUUGUAAUUGAAUCCUCGGUUUUCAAAGUCAAAUCCCUGCAUUGAAAACUUAUUUUUAUGUUGUAGUGUUCUGGAGUUCAGUUCUUUUCCUCGCUCUGGCUUUCUUUUUGUCUGUCAACAUGGACUUUGUAGCACAGUCACUGGCCUCAGGUACUGUGGAAGAUUGAGAGAAACAGAUAUUAAGCUCUCUUAUUAUUAUUAUUGCACUUUUGGAAAAAAAAAAAAGAAAAUUACAGUGGAAAACUUUAGGUUUGAAAUUAACAAUUAAGAAAACAACUUAAUAAAGACUGAUCUAGGAAGAGUCCUUUACAAUGCUUGUAUCUGAGUUAUGGCCGAAAAAAUGUUGUCGAUUUACAUGAAAAAAAAAAAGAUAUGUCUUUCGAUUUUUAUUUCUUACAUCAAAAUAAUUUACCAGGAAAUCAUAGUUUGUGCCUUUCUAAGUAAAAUGUUUAAAGCUCA